CCUAUAUGGGAAACAGCUAAUAGGAUCAGAAAGCCCUGCUUCAAGGACAUGAUUUGUGUAUAUAUAUUUAUUUGCUACUGUUAACAAACGCCGCUACUUAAAAAAAACAAAACAAGGACUAUCUGUAUCUGUACUUAAUAAUAGCUGCUAGUCAGUAUUUGCUUUCAUACGCACUUUGUCAAACCUGUGGAUCCCACUACAGAAUAUGAUUAUAGCCAGUGUAACGGUCUCAAAAAAAAAAGAAAAGGGUGUGAAAUGUCGUAAAGUAGAGAGUAAUUUCCGGCAUCUCCGCUGCGCUCUCUUCUUUCUUUUUUGGGUACCCUUUGCAAUGUCCUCGGUUCUUUGAAAAACACUACUCAGUGAACUGUGAACCGCUUUCUCUAGCGAUAAACAUGGCAUACUUACCUAUAGCUGCUGCAGUGGCAGUAGUCGCAGCAUUCACUCUCCAACUCGUUCCGGCACUCGCUCUUCUAAGCUCAUGCCGCAGCUCGUGCGGCAACGUUGCCAUAAAGUACCCCUUCGGAGUGGACGAUGGCUGCGGGGCUCCACAGUUCCGGAACAUGCUCAACUGCAACAGCACCACUGAACUCUUCUUCGUCACCCCUUCUGGCAACUACAAGGUGGAAUCCAUCGACUACGAUAAGCAAACAAUGGUGGUGUAUGACCCUGCCAUGUCCACCUGCUCCAUUCUGCAGCCUCACCACGACUUCAAGAUGACUGAUAUUCAGUCGGCCAUUAUACCUCCCACCUCGGACACCGUCUUUGCGCUUCUCAAUUGCUCCAUCGACUCCCCAGUGCUCAACCACUACAGCUAUCUCUGCUUCAACUUCUCGGGCCACUCGUGCGACGAGCUCUACGGCGCCUGCAAUGCCUUUCGGGUCUUCCAUUUCUUGACCAACUCUACUCCGCCCUGUUGCUUUACCGGGUACGACACCGUCAGGACGAUGAGCAUGAACAUAUUGGACUGCACGCACUACACCAGUGUGGUGAACACUGAUGGGUUGAGAGGGAUAGGGCCUCUGGAUUGGGUGUACGGCAUCAAACUCACUUACAUGCUCCCUGAAGGUGGCUGCCGACGAUGCACGCAGUCGGGCGGUACGUGUGGAUUUGACACCGAGACUGAGGGAAGGCUCUGUCUCUGCUCUGCUUCCUCUAACUCUACAAGAGAAUGCGGGGGUGGCACUUUCAUAAGCCAAGGGCACACAAGUACAACUACUAAUCCCUGGAAUAAGAUACUAUAUCUGCUUGCAUUUGGUAUGAUUCUGGAAGCAUUUUUCUCCUCCAUUAAUCCAAUCUUGUAGAUUGUUUAAUUGGGAUUUGAAACCUUUUCACUAUGUAUAAUCGUUAAGGUGUUUACAGAUGUUUCCAAGCUCUAAAAUUUUCCUGUGAAUGCUUGUGCUGAGCUCUACAAUUUUAGCCAGCAUUUAAUCAUAUAUUUAGUAAUAUUUAGAGAGCUCCGUCGAAGUUGUAAGGCUCUUAUUUUAGGCCCCGUCCGGGACUGUGUUUUAAAAAAUGUUAAAAGUUGUUUUUUUGAAAAAGUUGUGCAAUAAUACUCUUUGGUAGGGGUGCACA